UCAAGGAAUCUACUGUGGAGAUACAGGCAGGAUAGAAGCACACGGAGCGCAUCGGGAUCCUUUGAAUUACAGCAAAACUUCCUAAAGAAAAUGAUCCCAUGAAGACGAGACAAAUGUGUGUCCAUAUGCGCUUUCGUUGCGUUACUUUGGAUAAAAACUGAGAUGUCGGGAAAGGAGCAACUUCAUGGAUUCUUUCUGGUUUGGACUAUACUCUCCGCGUUCGGCGAAAAACUCGAUGACGGUUGUGGCCACUCAAUGCUGGGCCCAGAGAGCGGUGUCCUCUCAUCUAAGAACUACCCGGGAACCUACCCCAACAAUACCUGGUGCGAGUGGAAGAUCCGUGUGCCAGAGGGCAACAGCCUGGUCCUCAGGUUUGGCGACCUGGAUGUGGAGGCACGGGACUGCCAGUCGGACUACGUCAAGGUCCUCAAGGGUGGCUACGGAGGCAAGCAUGUGUAUGGGACAUUCUGUGGCAGCCUGAAGUCCUACCCCAGAGAGGUGCACACGGACUCCAAUGAGGUCAUCGUCCAGUUCCGCAGUGGGCGUCACAUCUCGGGCCGAGGGUUCCUGUUCUCCUACUCCUCAGGGGACCACAGAGAUCUGCUCACAUGUUUGGACAAAGGUAGCCAUUUCUCAGACUUAAAAUACAGGAAGUACUGUCCGGCAGGAUGCAAAGCAGUGGCAGGCGACAUAUCCGGGGACAUUUCCCAGGGUUACAGACAUACAUCUGUGUUGUGUAAGGCCGCCGUCCAUGCAGGGGUUAUCCUGGAUGAGUUAGGAGGAUGGGUAUCCGUGGAGACCCACAAAGGCCUGAGUCACUACCCCGCCACCAGAGCCAAUGGGAUCCAGUCCAAAGACGGCUCUUUGUCCGACGCUCUCUUCACGUUCGUCACUAAUGACUGUAAGAACCAGUCAGUGUUGCGGCAUGUGUCUGUGAGUUCUAGUUCACAGUCUGACUGGGCGCCCAACAGCUCCCAGGCUGACCCAGGAUCAAGGGGCUGCUCCUGGGCUGCAGACCAGAACGACAGCCUGCAGUGGCUCCAGCUGGACCUGGGGGAGAAGAAAAGGAUCACAGGGAUUAUCACGACUGGCUCUACUAUGUUGGACUAUCACUACUAUGUGAGGAGCUUCAAGAUAGUUCACAAGGAAAGGAGUCGGUGGAGGACGUACACACAGAACAACAGCACACAAUACAUGAUAUUUGAGGGGAACCAGGACAGUCUGCAUCAGACCAGGAACACCUUCCACCCUCCAAUCAUAGCCCGCUACCUGCGGAUCAUCCCUCAAACCUGGCACCAGAGGAUCGCCAUGAGGGUAGAGCUGCUGGGCUGCACCCAUCUCCGAGUGAACUUGUCGUCCCAGGUCUCCCUGGAGACAUUACCCACCAAACCCAAGCCUCCGGUGGGGGACGAAGAGAUCACUGAGCCGGUGCCCUCCCAGGCAGACCUAGUGAAGCUGGCCAUCAUCAUCGUACCCACAGUCUUAUCUGUGGUGCUCCUGCUGAUUGGGAUAUGUGUAGUCAAGAUGCUGCAGAAGAAGAAGACAAAGGAGAACUCGUACGGAUCCUCUGAUACCCAGAAAACAGGUUGCUGGAAGCAGAUCAAGCAGCCAUUUGCCAGGCACCAGUCCACAGAGUUCACCAUCAGCUACAGCUCAGAGAAGGACCCCAUGCAGAAACUAGACCUGGUCACCAGCACCAUGGCAGAGUACCAGCAGCCUCUGAUGAUUGGGAUGGGCACAGUGACCAGGAAGGGCUCUACGUUCAGACCCAUGGACACAGAGACCAAGGAGGACCCUAGCGACCCCUCCACCCACUACGACUACCUGCACACAGCCAACCAGUACGCCCUGCCCCUCACCAACCAGGAGCCAGAGUACGCUACACCCAUCAUCGAGCGCCACACCUUCCACAAGGAUGGCUUCCUGCCAGACCCGGCCAACUACUGCAUCCCAGGGGUGGUCCUCAGCAAGACCCCCUCCUUUAAAACCAUGGACAGGGAGGCAGGGGUGGGCUCCUCCGGGGGCUACCAGACCCCCCAGGUCAAAACAGACCAGGGACACAGUAACUCUGAGGGGGUCUACGACAGCCCCAAGGUGAACAAGCCUGCAGCCCAGAGCAGGAGCAAUGGCUACUCAGACUACCAGAGGCCCCUGGCCAAGCCGGCGGCGCUGGAGAGCUACUCUACCCCCAGGGACUGUGUGAGGGUGGCCCCCGCCAUUGGCCUCAGGCCGGACCAUAGACCAGACCCUGAGGGCAGCUCUGGAGGAACCUAAGGAUGGAACAUCUAUGGGACUACAGGACAAACUGUCAAACUGUGAUUUCUUUCAGUUUACUGCCGUUUUAGACGGACCUCACUGUAGAAAACAUAACCAAUCUCCUCUAAAUGGUAAAUUAUUUUUCAACUGACAUCCGGCGUGUGGGAGACGACAGUGUUUGUGUUUGCUGUGUGAAACGGACCUACUGGAUGAACUGGAUGCAUCUCUGAGGCUGUGAAGGCAGACAUGAAAAUACAAAUGCUUACUUUUAUUUUCCUAUUUUUUUUAGGGAUAAGGUGAUUUAUUAAAAAGCAAAUAGUGAUGGAGACAGGACAUGUCCUCAAAAUUGGAAAAUACCUCCCCUCAUUCCCAACUGUGACUGAUGUUUGUGACUGUAACAUAAGAUUGAGAUAAUGUGACUCGGUUCCUUAACUGUACAGUAUAUUUUGAGGUCAUGAUAAAGCUUUCAGAAUCUCUCGGUCUGAGGUGAAGCUGUUUUCAGCAGGAAGACAUAGAGGCAUAGAGGAAGCAGAGUGCUUGUUAAGUAAAGCAGCACCCAGUUUAAAGUGGCAGAUUUGUGUGUCCCCAGCGGGUCCUACUAUAGGGCGAUUUAUGCAGUCAGUCAGUGGAGUUGGCUCUUAACGGAGAACUGUAAGGACACACUGUGAAUGAAGGGACUGAAAGGACUGGUGUCACCGCAUGGGGUCCCCCACAAUGGGGGCUUUGUUACCAUGUUGCAGGUGGCUCUAUGCUCUAAAGCCGAACGGCUGCAUCGCUGCUCUGUAUCAAAGUCUGGUGGCAGAUCUGGUCAGUGUGAGCAGAGAGCCCAUGAAUAGGCAAUGGGAGAGAGUGUACAGUUAGUCUGGCAUAUUUAGAAACACCCAACAGGGGAUUUAGGGGAGUAUAACUGGACUACAACACAUCACAAAGCUGUUUUUAGAUGAUCUGUUUAACUGAACUAGGUCAAGAACUACUGUAAAGGCCUGUUCUUUUUAAAUGGAUGUUGAAUACAAAGCCAUGUUAAAUGGUACCAUUACUGCAGUGUGUACAUACAUGUGCAUCGUUUGAGAGUAAAGAAAAAAAUCUAUAGAAUUGCUGUCCUGUGCUGUCGACUAUAUUAAAAGCACCAGUGGUGUUGCUGCUGUGUUAGGAUGGAACUAAGAACUCUUUCAUUUCUGUGAAAUAUUUUGUGGAGCUCUUUCAAGCGGGGUUGUAUGUUUGUACAUGUACAGUACUGCGUCUGAUCGUUGCAAGAAGUUUGUCACUCUCAUUCAAAGUGUUCAGUGUGUCUACUGACUGUUGGCUGUAAACUGAGCCCUGAAUAAAAACACCAGCAGUUGA